AUAACGUUGGAGUGCGCACGCGCUGCAUCAUCCGGCAUUAUUUGCUAUAAAAAAUAAACAGUUAUCAAUAUUGCAUUUACCGAUUUGCGAUACUGUAGUUGCAUCUACAUUCAGUGUUCACACUUCAUACAAUUGGCACUAAGUAAAUGGGUUGUUGGUAAAAAUGAGGAGUUUAGUGUUUAUUGUCGUGACAUGCUGCAUGAGUCCUGCUGUUUUGCCGGCUAAACAUCUGCCAAAGUGGAAGAAACAAGCAUGCUCGCUGCCUGCAGUGCUGAGUGAGCACAGCCACUACGUGUGCGACGACAACGGAGAGCCCAAGUGUCUGCCCGGCUGGCAGGGAGACAUAUGCGAUGUGCCUAUUUGCAAAAAGGGCUGCGAUCCGCUCCAAGGUUAUUGCAAACGUCCGGGCGAAUGUCGUUGCAAGUUAGGCUUCUACGGCGAGCACUGUAACAAAUGCAUACCACUGCCGGGCUGCAUGCACGGACACUGCAACCAGUCGUUUGAGUGCAUUUGCCGCGAAGGAUGGGAUGGACUCUUUUGUUCCGAACCUAUCUGUCGUUCAGACUGCCACGCGACACGCGGGUACUGCGACUCACCAGGCGAAUGUCGUUGUAAGCUCGGCUGGUCUGGGCCGACUUGUCGGUCCUGCCAGCCUCUGCCUGGGUGCCAGCACGGGUACUGCGAUAAGCCACUAGAGUGCAAGUGUCUGCCUGGUUACACUGGCCUGUUGUGUCAAACUCCGAUCUGUGCAUCCGGUUGUCAUGGCGAGCGGGGCUACUGCAGGCGGCCGGGCGAGUGUCGGUGCAAGGUCGGCUGGACCGGCACCACGUGUUCGCAGUGUCACCCCUACCCUGGCUGCGUCAACGGCACAUGCAAUAAGCCCUGGGAGUGCAACUGCAAGAAAGGAUGGGGAGGCAUGCUGUGUGAUAAAGAACUCAAUUAUUGUGAAAAGAAUCCAGAUGUUUGCAAGAAUGGUGGCAAGUGUCAGUCGUUAGAGGAGGAGGAUGGUAACUACAGGUGUCAUUGCCCCGUGGGCGUCAGUGGGAGGAACUGUGAGCAUCUACCUGACAGCAUGACCACGUCAGCUGCAGACAACUCUGUGGACGUGACAGAAGCGGCCACGGAAACAACGACAACGGAAUCCAACGAUUCUAGUGAUGACAACGAGACUGAAUAGUCAGCUUAUACUCUGUAUAAUCGAAAUUGUUUGCAUCCUUUUACGCAAGUGUUCUACAAUAAAAAAAUUACACUAACGUAACAUGGGUCAAAAUACGAUAAAAAUUUUGAACUUCCCAUGCAUAUGUGGAUGUUUAAAGUAUUUUAUUCCUUGUCGACCCAUAUUUCUGGAAUAUGGAAAUAUUUUCAUUUGCGACAGAACACUUGCUUAAAAUGAUGCCUAAUCAGGAUUUUGAUUUCACCUUCACCUUGUAUACAAUAUUUGUAAUUUUGGUACGCUGCUGAACAUAGGCCUCCUUGUAUAUGGCUUUGCCAGUAGUUGCCACGCUUGGCAGGCAGUUUUGUAUGUAUGUUCGUGUUUUCAAUCUCCAGCAUAUAUACUGGAGAUUGAAAAAUGUUAUUGAUAUGUACGUUGCUAUAUUUCAGCAAUAGUUAUAUACUGUAAAUUUACACUUGAGUCUUGUGUAUAAUGUAGCAAGAGGCCAUUAUUUUAUACAGACAUAACUUAAUGCCAAAUAAUUUUGAUUGUUUUCUUUAAAAGAUUUCUAAGUACUUAUUAAGUUUAAUUUGAGCAUGAAACAGAAUUAAUUUGUUAAAAUAUAUUAUUAUUGGGACAGUAUAUAAUUGGAACUUUUAAUUGUUUAAGCACGAACGUAAGUUUAGACUGACAUAAGUAAUUAUUUCAUCUUAAUUUAAGGUGGCGAGUGUAUGAGUUAUUUAUUUUGUAUGUGUGAUCUAAUGUAUGUACAUAAUGGUAUACUGUAAUGGUAUAGGUAUAUAAAUAUUGAGUUUCAUUUUAUUGCAAAUAUAAAUUGGUAGAAUUUUUGACUAUGUCAUGAACAAAGGUAUCUUUCCAGAUAUAGAAAUAAAUAGAUAUCGCAAUAACAUGUAAUUUGCAUGUUAAUUUUUUUUAUUUAAAUGAGGGUCAAUAGAGUUUAAGUGACUCCAAAUCCGAGUUCUUACAAAAAACGAUUGUAUAGAAAGGUUUAGAGAAUUAAUGUAAAAAACAUAAUGCACGAUAUUUUUAGAAGCAUUUAGUGCACGGUAGUUAUCAAUAAGUGAGUUCUGAAAUAUUAAGUAGCAAGUAAUAGUUACUCAGUAAGGAGUAGUUACUCAGUUUUCAUAUUAAUGAAGUCAACUACUUGCGCUAUCUAUUUCUAUCUAUCAUCUGUUGUAUUUUGUGUAAAUCGAAAGUCGAAAGAAUAAAUUUAAUUACCUACACGUAUAAGUUGAGUAAUCACUACUUUAAUACAUGUGUACCUAAAUGUGAGUUGUGUGUAAUUUAUAAAUUGUGACAUUCUUUUUUUAUCUUAUUAAUAAAAUAUUCUCU